AUGAUUAGCUCGUUGCCCUUCCUCGGAGCAGCGCCGUUCAUUGCUUCACUCGGCCUCCGCUGUGAACCCGCUGUGGCUGAGAGGGGUGGAGAGGGGCCAGUUUUGCGGAGGAAGCGGCUGGGAGCGACUGAAGUGGAAGGAAUAGUCACCGGGAGCCUCAUAACGCACCCUUGCACCAUCGUUACUGAGGGAAGGCGGAAAGCUGAACCAAGUGGACCCAGGGGACGCCCACGGAGCUCAUGUAAAGGGCAGCUGCGUGGAGGUUUGCCUGAGUUGACCGUCUGGAUUGGAGUCGGCGGGCACGAUGGCUUGCUGACUCCACAAUGCAGGUCACCUCUGCUUGGUGUGGCCGUGUCAGGAGUCCAGUCCUCCAACAGACACCGCUACAGUCCAGGUGCUUGCUGUGGCCGAGUCAAGAGUUCAACCCUCCAACAGGCACUGCUACAGUCCAGGAUGGAGAGUCAUGGAGCUCAGUGGUGGGAGAACUCAGCCGUCAAUCCCGGCCCAGGAACUGUCAGGGAAAAGGAAGUUGGUUCAUCAGCUCUGAAGGGAGUGUGUCACUGCUUCUCAUACACUCCACCAAGGAGGCACCUUUUUGGCCGGUUGGUAAAGGAGUGGCUUUUCUAUCUCCCUGGUCAUGGGUUUGAUCCCGGCACUGUGAAACCCUUUACGGGUCUGGAUUAAUUUGUCGUGUGUUUUGUGACAGGCAGAGGUCAUGUUAAGGGUAUAGUGAAGUUGAAAUUGCUGCCACCACAUGUAUUGCCCAAAUUUCACUUCACUACACCUUCACAUGACCUCUGUGUGUUAUGGGACACACAAGAAAUUACUCCAGGCCAGGAAAGGUUUACCAGUGCCGGGGACUGAACCUGUGACUGCCAGAUGGGAAAGUCACUCCUUAACCAGUCGGCCAAAGAGGCGCCCUCUCAUAGAGUGAGUUUGGCAGGGCUUCCCCACGGUAAAUAUACAUCUUCCAUCCAUAAGUGGGGUUUUUAUUCUCAUCAAUAGCACAGCAAUGUGAAAAUCCCAGUCUACUUUAUGCUGCAUUAUGAUAUUUGUCAAAGUAUUUAGGAUUAAACAUAUUUACUUGUGAGACAACUGUCAUUAAAUAUACAUUUUGCAUAAA